AUGAUGAAUGGAUACAACUUUGAAGUUAUAAUCAUAGAUGAUGGAAGCCCUGAUGGGACACAGGAAGUUGCUGAACAAUUGGUCAAGAUAUAUGGACCAGAUAAAAUACUUCUAAGACCCCGAGCAAAAAAGCUGGGCCUGGGCACUGCUUAUAUUCAUGGAAUGAAGCACGCCACUGGGAAUUUUAUUGUUAUUAUGGAUGCUGAUCUUUCUCACCAUCCAAAAUUUAUUGCAGAGUUUAUCAGAAAGCAGAAAGAAGGCAAUUUUGAUAUUGUAUCUGGAACAAGAUAUAAAGGAAAUGGAGGAGUGUAUGGCUGGGAUUUGAAAAGAAAAUUAAUCAGUCGUGGUGCCAAUUUUAUAACUCAAGUUUUGCUGAGACCAGGUGCAUCAGACUUAACUGGGAGUUUCAGGUUAUACAGAAAAGAAGUCUUACAGAAACUAAUGGAAAAAUGUGUUUCUAAAGGAUACGUCUUCCAGAUGGAGAUGAUUGUUCGGGCUAGACAGUUAGGAUAUACUAUUGGAGAGGUUCCUAUUUCAUUUGUGGACCGUGUCUAUGGAGAAUCUAAACUGGGAGGCAAUGAAAUAGUCUCCUUCUUAAAGGGACUCUUGACCUUGUUUGCUACAACAUGAAAGUUUAUCCUAAAUUAACUUUUUUUAAAAAAAUUUUUUUCUAAGGUCUGUGUAGUUUUUAAUAUACUGUAGCAGAAGUUUGAUAAUUUGCCUGGUUACCAGAAGACUCGCUGCAAACUAACAAUUAAACGGAUCAACAAUAAUAGAGCAAAUAUAUUGUAUCACAGAGUACUCCUUUCAAAGUAAAUGAACUGUAUGUUAAACUAGUCAAAAUAAAGACUAACACUCUAUGCUAUAUUUGUUUAAAAAAAAAAGUCUUAAUAAAGAACACAUAUAGACCUAAAUGAUCUUUUGCAUUUUAGAAAUGAAUCAGCAGAAGUUAAAGAUAAUUUUGAAAUAAAGGAAAGCAAGGACAAAAAAAAAUAGAACUAGUCUUAUCUUUGUACUGUGGUUUGCAGAUAGGAUUUUCAGUAAGUAUAUAACAGUUAGUUCCCUGAACAAAUAUAUGUAUGUAUCUUAAUGCAUAUAUAAAACACAGAAAUAUUUCUACAAAAAUGAUAAAAGCUUAUGUAGUUUAAGAGCAGUACCGAUGAGUACAAUGAUUUAUUCUUUGCUCCUAGACUAGAAAGAUGUAAUAUUCUUUUUUUAAAGAAACAGAUACACAUGUGGAAUAAUUCUGUGGAGGGGUUUUGUGACGGAUGAUUUUCUUUUCCUACUUUCUUUAGAAUCUAAAAAUAUUUAGAAUAUAUAAAACGGGAGGAUAACAUCCCAGCCAACUUCAGCAUGAUAAAAGGCCCAAUUCACCUCUCUCCAAAGACAUCUAAGACAUUUAACUUCAUGUCAAAUACGUAGUUUACUAUGUAAAAUCUAUAUUUGUUCUUGAUCCUGAGGAAAGAAACAUGAACAGUGUAAUGCUGUUUUUUGUCUGUUUGAUAUUAUCAGUCAGAACUUGGAAAUUAUGAAAACCUUGCAAUCAAAUAAGCAUUUGGGAGGAGGGGAAGGAAGCAGAAGGAUAUAAUUAUCCUGAUAAUGGCUAUGAAAUGAGGAUUUCAUCCUCAUUUUUGAGCAGAGAGGAAGAAAAGUUCUGUGAAUACCUAUAUCUCAGAAAACUAAUGUUGGGAGAGGAGAAACAAUAAAUAUAUUAAACAAAAAUUAACUCUACUCGGCUUUUAAUUGUUUGCACUACUUUUAGUACACUAGAGAUGUUUUUUAAUAUUACAAUAAUCUAGAAAAGCUGUUGAUAAAAUCUAAAUUCAUAUUUCAGCUAGUUAUUCUCAAAAAUGUGUCCAUGUCAGUGACAAAAAAAAAAAAAAAAUAGAGCUUUAAAACAAAAUCCUACUGUCUAGUGGGCUAUUUUAAUUAGGGAUAUUUGCAUUGUUUUUUAGAGAAGCGUACAGAAUCUGAUAUACUUUUCUCCUUUUCUUAGUACUUAAGAGUAUUUAAUUUGCUUAAAAAUAAAAACAAUGUAGCUUUAGGUUUUGAAUCUACCUGUAACUGGAUUACAGAGACUUAACCGUACAUUUUGUGACAUUUGUCUGUACUUUUCCAGCAAAUUAUGUUCAUCUCUUCAGCCUGCACCAAAUUAAAUUAUAAUCUGAUCUAAUAAUGUAUACAGAAAUAAAUCUCUGAGUCUACACACCCACUGAAAUCUCCAGUGAAUAGGUUUCAUCUAUUUAUGAUGAAACCUAUUCACCAUAAAUAGAUGGGAGGAUUCAUGGCUAAAAUCAACAUUUUAAGUUGAAAAUAGGUACAACGCUUUUAAUUACCAAUUAAUGAAGUUUUCUAAAGUUUAUUCAAAUUUUCAUACUGCUGAAAACCAUUUGCUAGAAUACAUAACGAGCCUCAACAAGAUCACAUUUUUCUCAGACUUUUAUUUGACGCUGUCCAUUAUUUAUUCAUGAUCUAACUGCUGCAUGUUAGGGUUUAGCUUUCAGAAGUUGUACACGUCUAGGUUGGUUUGUGUGGUUUUUUUUUCUUUUACAGUUUUCCUGUGGAAAUUAUCUAGUAAGUUUCCUUCACUUACGAGCUUGUCUAUGGACAUAAGAUGCUUUUACAUGUACUACAGUACUACAUGUACUACAGUACUUGCCCUAUUUUGCGUGCUCCGGUAUGAUCAUGUUUGAAGCAUGACAGGGCUAUAUUCAGUUUUAGAUAGAUAGAUCAUGUUUCUUACUAAUGCUUAAAUGUAAUGGUAUUUAAGUUAUCAGUAAAAAAAAAUGUAUAAAAGAAACUAUAGCUAUAAAGAAACUAAAAUAAAUGCUUCAUGGCAUCAGGAUGCAUGCAGAAAGAGGCAUUCUACAGUACUUCUUGAAAUAAGCCAAAAAUCACAAGAGAGAAACUGAUUUCAAUAGCCUACCCAAGCUACCUGUAGAAAGCACUGCUGAAAGGAACUAGUAUGGAUCAAGUGGAAAGCAGCAGAGUUAAAAGGGUCAUUGCUGGCUUGCUGGUCGCAGAGUAGCUGCACAGGCGUUCCCUGACGUAGCACGCAAGUUCCAUCCCUAGUUCUAACAGCGGAGACCUACACAAAACGUGUUUCACCAGACUUGGUGAACCGAGUGAAUCUCACUACUGUUCACCAGGAUAGUCGUUUUAGUUCUACUGAGGUAGUUGAGCUGUGAAGUUCAUGAACAAACACCUUUUUUGAAGCCAUCAGAUUACAUCAUCAACAUGCACUUUAGAAUGAAUAGACGCUCAGCUCUUUUGAAGAAUUAUUGCAAUUAAAUCUUAGUAAUUAAAGAUUUAUUUUUGAGGCCCUGCUGCUAAAUCUUGGAAAGUGAGAAGGGCCAAAGAGCUUGCAUGACAUAAACAAACCCAGCUGCUUUUAUUUAAAUAGUAAUCACUUGUACCCUUUCUUGUUUCUUCGUGACAUAUGAAAAAGGUCUUUAAUGUUGAAGAAUGUUAUUUAAACUAUUUUUCAAAUUUUUUACACUAAGAGUAUGUCCUGUUUAGCCCAAAGAAGAGUAUGAAAAAAAAUUAACCGCAAGAAAAUUCGAGAAAUAAAAAUUGAGCAAGUAAGGUAAAAUCAUUUUUGUUUGGGGUUUUGUGUAUACUAAGAUAUUUCUAGGUAACUUCCAUUUAUUUAAAAAUCUCUUUCGCAAAUAUGACAUUGCUGCGCUAGAAAUGUAUUGUGCGCUCACAGUAUAUAUCCUUGAAACCAUCUGUUUUUUUCUUCCAAAAAGACUGUUUAUAUUCUUCAAAAAAAUAUUAUUGGGCUGCAGAUAACAUGGUGGGUGUUGAGCACGAUUUCAGAAGUUCCUUUUCAGCAAGUUUUAAAAGCUUGAGCUUCAGAAGAAGUAGUUCCUAUUUGCAUAUUGACCCCCCGCAAAUAAUGUGUAAAGUGGAGACUCAUAAAAUAGCCUGCUGUGAAUGUAGAGUAAAACCUAGAAUCUCUGCUCCCAAACUGGCCCUCACCUUCAUUCUUUCCCGUGUCUCAGACUGCAGUGCUUUCUUUCCAGUGAGUUUCUCCACGAGAGUGACUAAAAAUAUCUGUGGUUCUAAUGUAUUCCCUGUAUUUGAGAAUUUAGAUCCUGCACUACAGAGCCUCACCAGCACUCAAACGAUGUGUUCUCUGCAUAGGAAAUCCUUGCAAAAACAAGCUCAGAACUGAAAUUUCUCUCUGACCCUUUCUCUUGCAUGCAUGGCUCUGAUAGUUCAUAAAAAAAUACUGUAAUAUUUGUAACCAGCGGUCAGAGCUCUAAUAGACGUGCUUCUUUCGAUAAAGUUAGUAUCUUUUACCAAGUAAUGGGAUGAAAUAGCCUUUAUUAAGUGCUAUUUAAACUAUUUUUGAGGUUUUGUUUAUUAACAUAAACUCUCUUUUAUUAACAUAAACUCUCAGCUUCUUUUAAACAAGCCUCUUUGUAUUUGAAGACCAACUGUAUAAACUCUUAGCACAAAACUGAAAUGUUAAAGGAAUAUGUAUUGUAAGGAAAGAAUGGCUUAUAAUGGAAGAAGGAAGUUAUGUAAGAAUGGCCAUACUGUCUCUUACAGUGCUCAACAACAGAUGCAGAACGAAAGCAAGUAAGAAACAGGCCUAGUAUGAUCUUUCCUCAAAUAUACCAACAGUCAGCAAGAGCCAGGCAUCAAGAAGGUCUGGACCUCUUAAUGGCUUCUGGUAUUCCUGCUUCUAAGGAUUUGUCUGAUUGCUUUUUGAGCCCAUUUAUAGUUUUGGCCUCUACAACAUCCGGUGGCAAUGAGUUCAACAAUUUAACAUAUGUAUUAUGUGAAGGUUUUUUUGGUUGUUUAUUUUAAACCUAUUGUCUAUAAAGUUCCCUACUUGUUUGCCAUUUCCCUUUUCCUAUAUAUUAUUUUUUAAGACCCAGCUUAUCCCCUCAUCAUACUCAGUCCUGUUUUUCUAAUUUCCUCAGACAGAAGCCACCCCAUACCUUGCUGUUCUUAAAAUGUCAAUAGCAGAAUACAGUUCUGCUAUAUUCUUUAGCGAUCAAGUGCCUAGAACUCCAUACGAUAUCUUAAAUAUUGGUGCAGUAGGGAUUUAUACAGCGACAGUUUAGUUUUCAGUUCCCUUCUUAAUUCCAUUGCAAUAUUCCAUUUGCCUUUUUUUCGCCACCACAAAACACUGAAUUGAUAUUUACAGGGAAGUUUACAUUUUAUGUCCUUGGUUUUACAGUUCCACAUACAUCAGCUUUACUAAAUUAUAUCCAUAUUCAUUUCCAAUGAAUGCACAAAUACUCUGCUAAUGCAUUAUGCUUUCUCUAUUAUAAUUUCUUAGGAAUCUGUGCCUGCAAGCACUCAGUCGUUUGGCAAGAACAGGAGCUUUAAUUCCUUCCUGGCUUAAAUCAGAAUAUAUCAUAGAUAUGUUUGGUUGGGCACGCUUAAUGAAGAAAGGGAAGAAGGUAGCUCGUAUUUUGCACCAGUAACAUUCACUUUCCCCUGAAAAACAAACUGAUUACCUCCACUGGCAGACAGACAAGGCUCCGGGAAGGAGCGCUCCUGUUCUUUAACUGUGGCCAAGAGCUUCAGUGUGAUGGGGGAAAAGACUUAGGCAGCAGGCUUAGUUGUGGAUUUGAAUCCAUUGGAAAGGCCAAAGCACGUGCUAAACUUCAGGCAUGUAGUCCCAACAAACUUGAAGUUACAGAAGUAUGGUUUGUAGAGUUAAGCAUGGGGUUUUGUAUAACAUACCAAAGAUUAUCCUUGACCUAAGUGAAGUGCUUGCGCUCUGUGUAGUUUUUGAGUAAUUCUGAACAUGCAUCCCUAGUCAGAUCUGUGCUGAGUAACUCAGCACUGGCCAUGGAGCACGAAGCCUUUUACCAGGCAUUCUGAAAGCCCCAGCUGUGAGAUGAAAGAUGUUAUUGGGGGCUGCUGAAGUUGAUACUGCCUCUUGUCUCAGGACUUACCACCUGACCAACCAUACCACAUGGCAGCUGGACUGUGAGUAGCUGUGGUCACCUCGCACCCCUGACACCUUCCAAAGCCCUGCAUUUACGUAAAAUGGAUCCAUACCCUGAGGUAUGGAUUUUGCCACUCUCAGUCAUACGAAGCUUUUGGUAAAUAACUCACAAGGUCAAGCAGUUUAACCCCUCUGACCUAGAUCAUUAUGAUACCGAAGCUAGGAUAGCCAUUUCAGACAACCAAGGCCAUGUGAUGCAGUUUCCCUGUUAACAUAUCCAGUUGAAGUGACUGAAUGUGAAAUCAGCACCAAAAUGAGAUUUGAAGGAUCUCUGUUUUGGGUCUUGGGGGUGGAGAGUUGGCUCCAGUUUUGUUUUGUUUUGUUUUUUAAAUAAAGACCUACAAACAUCCAACUACUUCUAGAUGCCGCAAAAAAGAAAUGUUCUUUUACUCCAUCUGCUGGCUUUGCAAAUCUUUUUUCAGCUGACAACUGACGUUGCCAUUUUAAGUUGUUUAGAAAAUAAAUUCUUAACAUCUGUUCAAAACAUAGGGUAACAAACCCCAUUAGAUAAAGAUAAUAUUGUUUGUUGCAAGGCUUCAAAAUCCUACCAGAAUGAUUCUUAGCAUUAUUUUAUGUCUUGAGUCUUCCUUGCGAUAGACUAUUUCUACAGGGGAUAUCCUUUUAAGUGUAUGGUUUAAAAAAAGAGUUAUUCCACCUCUUUCUUGACUUUCUCUUCAUAAGUCUGUGUCAAUGCUGAUCUUGUGAUUUAUAUCCUUGAAUUAAAAAUAUAAAACACAUGGGGGUGCCUGCAAUAAAGAUAUGUCUACUUGCCAAUAUAAUAAUAAUAUAAUAUCUUGCAAUGGACUGUGUGGAAGGCCAACUGCAAGGCUGCACAGCCUUCUGCGUUACAACAAUAAAAAACAGUGAUGGCUAAUCAAUAAUAUUUAGUUAUGGGUCUGUCAAGAUUGCUAGCGUAAGUAUGGCUUGAAAUCUUGGCACAGUUGAAUUAAAUGACAGAUUACCUACUGUUCAAUACACAGAAGAUUUCGGCAACAGCUUUAAUGUGGUUUGCAUUCCAGAGUUGUCGGCAAAUUUUUACAUUAGGAUCAAUAUGAACAGGGUAUAUGCAAAGAAGAGGAUUGCUUAUCAAACUUGAUCUUUGUUUUAUGUCGUAUUACCUCUAAGGUACUAUGCUGUAGGAGACUUGGCUAGAGAAGGUAAUCGUCGAACUUCUGUAAAGCACGGUAACUUUUUGAGCUUCAUUUCCUCCUCUCUGUCCCUGCCACAUUUUACCUUUUCUUUCAAGUAUGGUAGCUGCUUAUAACCUCUUGCAGAUUGUGAUUGUUACUGUUCAGAAGGAAGUAUGUUAGGACUGGAGACAGGGAAACUGAAUUGCAACUAUUAAUCCAAAGUGAGAUCUGAAACCUCAGCCUCUGAGAGAGGGAUUUCAACAAAGCAGCAGUGGGCAAAGAUAGUAAAAUUGAAGCUUUUCCCUGCUAGGCUAGUUGCACUGACUGUUCAACAGAAAUGUAUAUUAAUUGUCAUCCUAAAAACUCAUGUUUGGCUCACAAACUUUUCUCCUGCUUUGACUUUUUGCAAGCAUGUCACACCUCUACGAGGUAGACAAAAUCACACUUGAGAACUUUAUGUUCUCCGGGAAGUUCAAAAGAGUGAAUCUGGGCACUAGGCGAUACUUUUCCCUUUUUUUAAUAACACGAAAUAUUUCGACUGAGCUCCUAUUGUCACUGCUUGCAAAUGCUCUGGGUCCCGCUGGCCCACUGCUUCUGUGCAACAAGCAGGGGAAUAUCCAGGAAGAAAAUAACCAAACUUACCUUAGCAUAUGUUGUACUUCAUGUCAGGACUAAAAUGUGGUCAUUUUCCAUCCAGCUUUCCAUUCGGCGUGCUCUUGCAAAGGAGGCAAAUGACAGUCUUUUUGAUGGGCUGAUCCUGUCAAAAUAAUUAUAUUACCGAUUUGGCAUUAUGGCUUCAAUGUAGGGGAGGUAGAAAAAGAAAAGCUGUUUGUCUGAAAAUGGUCAAUUAUUGAAAUACUUAAAGUAGACCUUAGGCAAUUUUUUAAUUAGGCUUUUUAAUCAAUGUCUUUCAUUAAGUAAAUCCACAAUGUGAAUGGAAUGUUUCAGAAAGUGUUGACAACAUGGAAAACUUCAAUCCUAUCCACAAAAGGAAUACAGUUUGUCACAGCAGCACAGCAGCACCUCCAAAGGACGUGGUACUUGACUGACCCGCUUCUAAGUGGAAUUUAAGUGUUAGCUAUGACAGAUGAACUUCUAACUGGCCUAAGGGAUCAACCCUUCCUCCCAAGUUAUCCGAACAGCUAAGCAAAUCUAUCUUAAGCAGCUCUAAGCACAGACCAGCUCAAUCUGAGUAUAUUUUUUUUCUUAGAAAACAAGAGGAAAAGAAAGCGAGUACUCUGUGUGAAGGGAUAUGUCUUCCCUACUUUCAUCUUGAUACAGACUGAAUUUGGUUCUUUCCUGGUGGCUUUUGCCAAAGUCAUCUUCCUUCACGGAAGGAGUUCUGGGAUGGCUGACAGAUGAUCAAGUGUCUAAGUGACAAAGCAGCUGGAUAGCUUAUUGGGUUCCUGUGAGACUAGUGAUCUUAAGGCUGCCAAGGAUUAACAUAAUAGCAUUUAUUAUAUAGGUGCUUAGGGCCAUUGAUAGUUUUCUUCCUUAUUUUGCAUCUGAAUGAAAAACAAAUACAGUGUUCUUGUUAAACUAGUACAACUGUGAACGUGCACACAAUUUUGACCUAAAUCUGUAGCACAACAGACCUUCAAUUACACCCAUGCAACUUGGGCAGGCUGACUGUCUCCCCUCUGCUGUUAAGCUUCCAGUCUCUUGCAAUGCUGUGAUUUUACUGAUUUUCUGGUUGUCAUAGUCUGUCAUGA